GGUAAGUUAAGAUCAGUGUGCUUCCAGCGCCCUGCUACUUAAGAUAAAUAGUGUAAAGAUUUUAUUUGGGAAAAAUCCCCAUCCACCACCAUGUCAGGCCGCAAAUGGGUAACAGAACCAGAUGAGUACGUGUGCACACUCUCUGAAGAACUCCAAAUCAUGGCUAAGGAGGAGCUGCGCGAGGAGAAGCAUAGUCGAGAAACCGCGCUGGCCUCCAUGCGUGAAUGGAUCAGACAAAAUCCUCGUAUUAAAAAUUGCAGAAUGGAUGCACGUUUUUUGCUACGAUUUUUACGAUUCAAAAAGUUUAGCGUUACUCUUGCCUGUGAAGCUUUGGAAAGAUACGUACUUCUGCGUCAAACUUUUGGAGUGGCUUUUAAUUGCCUAGAUAUUACUAUACCAAUGAUGGAAGAUCUCACCAACAGAGGAUAUCUGUUUGCUUGCCCUAAGAGAGACAGUAAAGGGAGGAGAGUUAUAAUUGCUCGUCCAGGAGUGUUUGAUCUCGAACAAUUUACACAAGGUGAUAUGUGUAGAAUCCACGGAAUAGUCUACGAAACAUUAAUGGAAGAUGAAGAAAAUCAGAUUCGAGGUUUUGUGCAUUUUGCCGAUGGUCAAGGUGUCGGAUUCUCGUACCUUACUCUAUUUACCAUUAAAGAAGCAGUACGUAUUGUGAAAAAUGGAGAGAAAACAUUACCCAUGAGACACAAAGAAGUUCAUGCUAUUAACGUCCACCCUUCUAUGAAAUUUGCCCUUGACUUUGGAAUGUCGUUAAUUUCCGACAAAAUUAAAAAACGUGUUAGAAUAUACACAAAUCUUGAAGAAGCCAUCGUCUGCGGAUACUUGGAAAAAGAUGUUCUACCUAAAGAGUAUGGAGGGGAAGUACCAAUGGCCGAAAUGAUAGAAUCGUGGAAAAAGGAGCUAAAAAUAUCUCAUCCUAUUUUGAUGUCCCACGACCGCAUGGAAGUUGAAGAAAAUUUAUUCAGUGCAAAAGCGAAAGAAGGCGCAGUUUCUGCUCUAAAAAGAGGCGGCAUCAACUGUGGAUCUGAAGGGGAUUCUUUGUGCGGAAUAACAGGAAAUUUCAGAAAACUGGAAGUUGAUUAAUUUGUUUAAUUAAGUUGAUGUUUAAAGUAUUACAUUUAGGACUGAAAACACGGUAAUUAUAGAAACGUAUAUUUUUGAUACAAAAUAAAAUAAAUUUUAAUUAAUAAUA